AUGAGUGCUGUCAGCAUUACAAACGUCACUGUUCUUGACAAUCCUUCCUCCUUUUUGAAACCUUUCCAGUUCGAGAUCUCUUACGAGUGUUUGACUCCUCUUAAAGACGGUUUGCUUACUUUCUUAAAUCAAAAUAUGAAGAAAUCAAUUGCAUUGCAUUUCAGUUCGUUCAUAUUAUUUCUGAUUCAUUUUGGUAACUCAAGCUGUCAUGUGUAUGCAAUUGGUCUAGUUUUCAAUUUAAACAUUGAGUUGUACAAUCCUGAUAACAAUCAGAUUGAGGGCCAUUAUGGAUCUGGAAUUCACUCUGUUGCUCUUUAUUUGGAAUGGAAGCUUAUAUACGUAGGAUCAGCUGAGGAUGAGACGUAUGACCAGCAAUUGGAGAGCGUACUUGUGGGGCCUGUGAAUGUUGGAAAUUACCGUUUUGUGUUACAGGCAGACCCUCCAGACCCAUCCAAGAUUCGGGAAGAAGACAUAAUUGGUGUGACAGUACUUCUGCUCACUGGCUCCUAUCUUGGCCAGGAAUUUGUUCGAGUUGGAUACUAUGUGAACAAUGAUUAUGCCGACGAACAGUUGAGAGAAGAACCUCCCACAAAAGUCUUGAUUGAUAAGAUACAGAGAAAUAUUCUUUGCGACAAACCUAGGGUCACAAAAUUCCCCAUAAACUUUCAUCCAGAGAACAGUGAGAGUGGAGAGCAACCCCUGCCAACUGAUAAUGCGGUUAGUGCUGAUGGAAUUGGAGAGACAGCAUCUUCACAUGUACAUCAUUUUGAGGAGCAGGCGCCUAGGUGUUUGGAUGACUAG